GGUAAAUGUCAACAUAGUAUCUGGGCAAAAAGCUUUCAAAUGACAGAAGAUCCCCUCAAACAAAAGGUUUUUGAUAAAACAGAUAAAAUAGAUAAAAAAAAUUAACAUUUUACACUGUCAAAAACCCAAACCUUUUCACAUACAUGAAAGCAUUUUAAACAAUGUUUCACAAACUCUCCUAUUACUUUUGUUUCAUAAAUGUAUUUUUCUACUCCAGAAAUCGUAGCUUCAUCUGCUCUACAAAUGAUUCCACACUUAAAAAAAGGGAGGAAAAGAACAUUAGAAAAUUAGAGUAUAUUGAAUAAAAUGCAUUCUUAUACAUGAAGGAUUUACUGCAAAGCUCUUUUAACAUCUCCACUUUCUUUUUCAGUCUGUGACAUUAUCUGCUACUCAAAUAUUUGCUUCUCUGUACGUUUUUUUUUUCUGGUUUGUCCCGUCAAUUCAUUCGACACAUGGUUUCUGUAUUUAGCUAUUAUUUAUCUCUCUGUUCUAACUAGUUCUGUCCGUUUUGAUGCACUGCUUCUCUUUUCAUCAUACUUGCUUUUUAUCGGCACAGCUCUUGCUUUUUUGUUUCUUCCCUUUAGCUCUUCUUAUUUAGAAGAACCUUCUUAAACCCUCAUUAAUUACCUCAGAUUGUAGGGUUUUGUUCUGUUUAGGUUCCAAAUUUCUAUGUGCAUUAUAGAUGAUCAUUCUAAGUUUAGUUUAUCUUUCUACAGAAUUCCAAAUAUUCCGUUUUUUUUUAUAUUUGUUCGUUAGUUUGCUUUUCCUACCUUUGAUGUAAUAUUUGAUUUCUUCAGGACAAUCCAUUUGAAUUUUUAUGUCCCUCUUAUUCCUCCUUCCAGUUCACAAAAUUACUUUGACCCAACACCACCCUGAACCUGAGUUUAAACAUACCUACCUGGCUAUCAAGAUUUAGGUAAAUAAAAUAAAUCUGUCAGAAGUAGGGUUUUCUUCUCACUAGGUAGCCUCAUUUCUGUAACUCUUAGUUGUUGUGUAGCAGUUUAUAUAUUUAAUUUAUUAGAGUUUAGUAAGACAAGUCAACCUAAAAUCUGUGUUUUCAGCCUGAACAAAUCUGAACUAACCAGGCAUGUACAUUUUGUUUUGUGAAAAUGUUCUUUUUUUUACUUUUUUGUGAAUGAGUGAAAUAAAAAGCCUACAGGAUUUAAAAAGUUAAUAAACACUAGAGCACAAACAUAAGUAUUUCCUCUUGAUUUGGGCUUUUAAAUGGACAUUAUGACUUAAAUCUGUAAGCCAUUAAAAGGAAUUAAAGCAAAAAAAAAAAAAUGAAACAGUUAAAACAAUAAAAGUAUGCGUUUCCUGGGAUUCAUAUUAAUGAUGUUUGUUUGAAGAAAGAAGAUGCUCAUCUGUUUAAACAUUAUGAGUGUUAGCAUUGUGGUCUGAGCAGCAUCCUAUUCUGGCACAUCUAAUCCUGUUUGUUAAAAGUAAAAAUCGUUGUACCAUAAAACAAUAGUCCCUGAAAAGAAAAUGUUUGCAUUGUUAAUAUGUACUCGGCUUUGUUUGGGAACCAGUUGCUGCAAAAACUUGUAAAUUCAGACAGGAAAACUAGUCAUAAGCAGAAUAAAUAAUAAGAGAGGCUUAAAUUCCAGCAUUUGCAGGUAUAUAUUACAAUAAUAUUUGUUUCAAAUGGGAGCAAGGGCAUAAGUGUAAAAAAAUGUUUCAGUGAAAAAUCUUGGGCUCAUUGGCAAUUUAUUAAGUGGUUUCUGUUAUUUCCUGUUUAAUUUUUUUUUUUUUAAAUGCUCAAUAAGUUACAAAAAAGCAAUAUGAACACGUCACAUAUGUGCUCAGAGUUUUCAUUUUAUAUUAUGGCAAAAUUUUAAAUUUAGAAUUUGCUGAUUUUAGGUAACUAUGAUUAUUUACAACAAAUACACAACAGUAGAAACUGUAACAUUUAACACAUUGUGUAUAAAGAUGGAUGAUAUCAUCAUAAUAAAACUCUCAAGUUUUAAGUCCACACCUGAGCUUGUUGAAAGCGGAACAAGAUUUUUUUGUUAUUAAUUAAACCCCAUGAGGAAAAAGAGGCAUUGAAUGUAUUAAAUUAUAUCACAAUGAUCUACAGUGUAAACAUUAAGCAGAAGGUGACGUACACUAGUCUUUAAAGACUGAAACUUAGACGGGAAGGAAAAUCGAGGCAAAAGCUUUUGGAAUAUCUACUUCUACAAUGACUUCAUAAUAGACAAACUGGAAUUGUUACUGGAAGAACGGGUGGGAAUAUCAUAGCAAAGAAGCCUCAACAGUUGACACCCAGAAUCUGCUGGUAACCACUCCUAAACUGCAAACAAUUGGGGGACUAUAUAACCUGCUAUCACUCGUGGGGUGCUCAACUCUCCAUCAGCACAACCAUGGCAACAACUGGGAUGCUUAAAGAAUGGGCGAUUGCAUUGCUCGCCCUGUGUGCUGGACUGUCUGCAGCUGCCACCGUUCAUAACCAUGUCAACCGAGUGUGCAGCACAUGGGGCAGAGAGCACUUUAAGACCUUCGAUGGCUACGUCUACCAAUUUCCUGGUUUGUGCGAAUACAACUUGGUCUCAGAAUGCCAUUCGCCCUAUCAAGCCUUCUCGGUGCAUCUGAAAAGGGAAAUGAUUGAUGGAAACCCUACAAUCAGUUACGUCAAGGUCACCGCCAACGAGCUUUCUUUCCAACUCAGCAGAAGUUCAGUCACUGCCAACGACGGAACAAAUGUGACUCUGCCAUACCACUACGGUGGGGUUAAAGUGGAAAAAAGUCAAGUGUAUACCAAGCUCGAGUCCAAACUUGGCUUUACUGUCAUGUGGAAUGAUGAGGAUGCAGUCAUGGUGGAGAUUGACAAUGACUUUGCAAAUCGUACCUGUGGUCUUUGCGGUGACUUUAGUGGUUCUCCACUAAAUGAGUUUAUAGAAAAUGAUCGGAAAAUCAGUCCCAUCGAGUUUGGUAACAAACAGAGAGUCCAACUUUCAAAUGAUGAAUGCGAGGACCCAAGUGAAGAGGAAGAGGAACUGGUGAAACCUGUGAACGUGACAGAACCCUGCAAAAAGUUUCAAAGCGACUGUGAGGAUUUGUUCCGCACAGACUCCUGGAGCCCCUGCACCAAACUCCUUGAUCCUGCAGUUUUCAUCCAGGCCUGCACUCAGGACAAAUGCAGCUGUAGCAACAGCUCAGAUGACUUCUGUGUCUGCAGCACACUGUCAGAGUACUCUCGGCAGUGCUCCCAUGCAGGAGGAGAACCUCCCAACUGGAGGUCAUCUCAGUUUUGUGAUAAAAAGUGUCCGUACAACAUGGAGUUUAAGGAGAGUGGCUCACCUUGCAUGGACACUUGCACACAUCAGGAAACAAGUUCAAUGUGUGAAGAACAUAGAAUUGACGGCUGUUUCUGCCCUCCAGGUUCGUUUUCUUUACAUUUAGCCUUUAAACUUUGAUGGUCAUUUUUUUUUUUUUAGAAAAAACA